AUGUCGUCUGCCACAUCAGCUGUGGAAGAACGAUGCCACCCAAUUGGAUCUGAAAUAAAAGUUGGAUUUUAUUACAUCAUCAAAACUAUUGGCAAAGGGAAUACUGCCAUUGUGAAACUUGCAAGGCACUCAAUUACAAAAUCUGAGGUGGCCAUAAAAAUAAUAGAUAAGUCCAUGUUUGACAGCCCAUCUAGCUUAGAUAAGAUACAUCGUGAAAUCAACAUAUUGAAAUUCUUCAAGCAUCCCAAUAUUAUCAAACUUUAUCAGGUUAUGGAGUCCGACAAGUUCAUAUACAUUGUGUCAGAAUUUGCACCCAAGGGAGAAAUAUUUGAGUACAUAUCCAGGAACGGUAGAUUUUCAGAAGCAGAAGCAAAGAUAAAGUUCGCCCAGAUACUCAAUGCUGUUGACUACUGCCACAAAUUAGGCAUCGUUCACAGGGAUCUCAAGGCUGAAAACCUGCUUCUGGAUGAAAAUUUUAAUGUCAAACUUGCUGAUUUUGGUUUUGGGAAUUUUUACCACAAAGAUAGUAAACUGUCAACGUGGUGUGGCUCGCCUCCAUAUGCUGCUCCUGAAAUUUUUGAGGGUCGAACCUAUUACGGCCCCGAAGUAGAUGUUUGGAGCUUAGGAGUGAUCUUGUACGUGUUGGUUUGUGGCAUGUUACCGUUUGACGGCAGCAACCUUCGCGUCAUCAGGGACCGGGUGGUCUCGGGCAGGUUCAGAAUCCCAUACUUCAUGUCUAUGGAAUGUGAGCGGUUGGUUCGAAGGAUGCUCGUUGUAGAUCCAAAGAAGAGGUACACGAUUCAGCAAAUCCAACAACACAGCUGGAUCCAUGCCACCUUAUCAUCAACUUCUAGUCAGUUGUUGGAAGAGAGCUUUAGAGAACAGUUGGUAGUCACUGGUCGAGGCAUAUCCAUGAACUGUCAUGAAAUCGUCCUUCAAAAAAUGGAAGGUGCUAAUAUAAGCAAGGAGCAAGUUAUAAAGUCACUGGAGUCUCGUGCCUAUGACAACUUUACAGCUAUUUAUGAGCUUUUGUUGGACAAAAUA